UCGAGCCGCCGUAGUUUACGGCUCCUUUCUCGCGCGAGAUUAAUUUUCCAACAAUUCUAUUCUUAAUAGCCUCUUCCGAUUAAAUCGGCCGCUGCGCAUUUAUAAUGCUCAAUCUUUCGAUUCAUUUUUUUUGCGAUAAAGACUUUAUAUUACGAAUGUAAUUUUAUGAAAAAUCUCACGAUGAUUAUCGGGUAGUGCGUAUAUAGGCUAAUUAUGCUACUUUGACAAUUUUAUUUAUAGGAACUAAAGUAGCUUUUUAUUCCCUCGUAUAUUUUUGGUCCCGCAUUUGCUUUAUCGAAAACUUUGAAUACGAAUUUCGCUGAGGCUGCACGAUCUUGUCGAAGUAAUUAUGCUAUUUGCAUGAAUCACGAUUGCCAGAAAAGCUUGAUAUCAUUCUGAGUUAUCUUUCAGCUGUAUAAAUUUUAUUUUUUUAAGUAUGCCCCAGUAUAUACAAUUUUAAUUAUUUAUCCAAUAACAGUUGACAGAGGAAAAAACCAUCAAUAUUUGCAUACGUAUUGCUUAAUUAUGCGAUAAUAAAUAGAUGCGGCCUACAAUCGGUCGACAAUCUUCUAUUUGUCAUCAUAAACAACAAGUUUUGUAGCUAAAUCUUAUGAAUUAGACAUAACCGAUUAAUCGAUCAUCGAAGAAGGUCGUAUAUUCUUAAUUGCUGAAAUAAUGAAAAAAAAACGCAUACGUCAUCAUUCUAAAACCUGGAUUAGUUUUACGCUGAUCUUCUGGUAACGGUCACGUAUCUCUGCCACUCUACCAGGGGCCAGGAUAGAGGACGGAUUACGAUCACCAAGAAGGCUUUGGAGCUCAAGCGAUUAUUACAUAUAGAGCAGGCAGAUUGUGCAGCGAUUGCAAUAUUGUCAUUGGAAAUUUUGGAAAAUUGUACCGAGGACUCCAUUACUAAUUGCCCAUUAGGAAUUUUCUGAAGCUUCCGAUAAAUUAAUUUCUCGACCAGAAUCACAUUAGACUUGAAAGCUUAAAAAAUGAACCGCUGGAAGGGGAAAGUAGCCGUAGUAACAGGAGCAUCUUCGGGAAUCGGACUUGCGCUCUCGAAAUCGUUGAUUCAAGAGGGUAUGAUUGUCGUCGGUUUGGCGCGAAGAAAAGAGCUGAUGGCGAGUCGUAUGAAAAACGUGGAUGGAUCAUGUAGAUUCCACCCUGUAAAAUGCGAUGUUGCACAAGAGGAAAACGUCACUGACUCGUUUAAAUGGAUAAAAGACACUUUCGGAUCUACCAAUAUUUUAAUAAACAACGCUGGAUUAGCUUACUUGGGGACAGUAGAAAAUACGCCCUCGUCUCAACUUCAACACGUCCUAAACGUAAAUGUCUUGGGACUUUCGUACUGUUCGAAAGAGGCGAUAAAAUUGAUGAAGGAAAGUCAGGAAGAGUCGCACAUUGUCAAUAUGUGCAGUAUUCUGGGGCAUACGGUUGUUCCUGCAAAAAAUGGCCUCCUCAACAUAUAUUCCGCAAGUAAAUUCGCCGUCAGAGCUUUGUCGAAAACUUUGAGGCAAGAGCUUCUGGACACGAAAAUACGCGUUUCGAACAUAAGUCCAGGCAUGAUAAAAGCUGAGAUAAUGGAAAGAUAUUGGGAUGCGUAUCCCAAACUGAGAAAUUGGCCUGCAAUGAAUCCAGAGGAUGUCGCCGAUUCCGUUGUGCAUGUUAUCGCAGCACCGUCCGUUGUCGAGAUCACCGAGUUAACUUUACGACCGAAAAACUCGAAGUCGACCCCUAAAGGAAAGGACGAAGAUGAAAAUUUAAGCGCGCACUCAACUGUAUAAACAUAAAUUUAUACCAUAUUAUUCAGUAUGGAAUCAAGGUAAUGGGUUACGCGCGUGUACAGACCAGGAAAACCAGGUCGCGCGCAUUGAUAACCACCCGAGACUACUCCAAUCAAGUAGUAAGUAUUCUUCACCGGGAACAUCAAUGGUCCGCCACUGUCACCCUAUGAAAUAUACAGAAUUAUUACAUUAGUCAUUAAACUCGCAUAUCUAAAAUGUACGAAAUUUAUAUUUUCAAAAUAAAAAGUAAAAUACCUGA